AUGGUCGAGCGGAUCAACGACGUGGCUGAGCGCUAUCCCGAUAUUGUGGAAGUUUUUGAUGCCUUGGAGGUUUGGCCGGGAAUAGCAGACUUUUCGAAAGAAGAUCUGCUCUGUGGGAAGGAACGGUGCAAGUUUUUGGUCAUGCGAUUGGGUAAUAGGGCGGUCCAGAGCGACACCACUCCGGAGGUUUUCUUCUCUGGAGAGCUCCACGGUAAUGAACGUGUCGGACCGAAUACGCUUAUUGCGAUGGUGUCGGAGUUGGCCAGAAGAUACUACUCGGGAGAGCCUGAGGCCGAGAGUACCAAGGAGGUCCGAUGGUUGAUCGAUAGUCGGAGGACAUAUAUUAUACCCAUGGCCAACGCGUAUGGGUACUACCAUAGUGUUCGUUAUGAGAAGAUACGUCAGCGCGAUGCCAACCGGGACUUUCCCUAUCAACAGAGGAGUUGCAUGGCGACUAUCACGGCGAGAGUCAUCAAUGAGCUUUUUCGGAGGCAUCUAUUCCAGUUGUCUGUUACUUUCCACGGUGGAGUGAAGAUGCUCUCUUAUGCAUGGGGUAGCAACAACCAUAUCAAGGCGGGGAAGAGUACUAAUGCUCCGGACCUAGCAGCUAUAGUGGACGUGGCAACUCUAAUGCGGGACUCUGCUGGUCGUACCGCUGCGGGGGAUUUCUGGUACCCCAUGGGUACUAUGACCGACACAGUGUACGCCGUGAAUGGAGGCAUGGAGGACUGGUCGUACGGUGCUGGCUUCGAGGAGGACCCCGACCCGAUCAAUCAGUGUGAGCCGCCCACAUACGGUGGAUAUCCCCGAGAUCGGACGGACUACUCUGAGUUCAAGAACAUCAGGUCCGUCACCUACCUGGUGGAGAUGUCCUCUGACCACACCCCUAGCGCCGAUACGUUGGGUAACAAGGAGGAGAUGUGGAUCGAGAAGACUGAGAAUGGUAAUCAUAUUAAUCGGAAUGCCCAUUUGUCCAUGAGUGUUAUGGAGAUGGUAGCGCCUAGUAUUAUGUGGCGCAUUGGUGAUAGCGAUGGGAUGGUCCAAGAUGGAAAGCUGAGGAACGUUUCCUGGUAUGCCCUCGGCUGCAAUACCGUGGAUGCGUUGGAGGUGUGGUUGCUGCCUGGAGAAUGCUCGGCUGAGGCAGAGGUCAUGAUGGGUCUCGGGGCAAUGCGGCAGUGGCCACCACCGGGCGCUUAUCGUUUGGGAGGCACCCAGUUUUCAAACGUAACAUGCAGACACUUGUCCUUAUGGAACGGGGAGGAGCUGAGUGAUGCUAACGUGAAGUCUUUGGAUGGCAUAGAGCUGCCCGAGUCGCUCCCAGGAGGAGAUUAUUGUCUCACCGCGGUAGCAGAGUUUGACAAGAGUUGGAAUAAGACAGAUUCCCCGGACCCCAACGUGCCGCCAUGGAGCCACUUGGUCAACAGUCGUGUCCAAGAUCAUUACUCAUGGCACUGUGAAGGGCCUUCGAGGAUCCAAUCGAGCCGGCGUAGGAUGUACGUGGCGACGCCCUCUAGUGCGAGUAUCACGGUGAAGCGAGCUCCUAGGCCUACCGCUUACGCAGCGUCUGAGUCGCCGAGUGAGGUUCCUCCUUCCCCCACGAAGGCAGUAUGGCAGACGGUGCGUAUUACUAUGGAGUUCCUGAGGAUGCCCUCUAGGGUACCAAUGAUAGUCGAGAUCGACCCGACUGGGAAGAGAGGCUCCUUGAAGGCGAAGCUUGUGGGUAAUCAACGCUUGGCUCGUGGCACGUACAUGCUAGCCGUUCAUGAGUUCGGUGACCGAACCAACAGGGGGAAGAAGACUGAGGUACUCACGGUGGAGGUAGAGAGGCAAGAUCAAAGCAUCGAUGAGGAGUUCACCUUCGAUACUAUCAGCGGAGCAGAUCUCUCGGGUCAUGGGAUCGUCUUGGAAUGGUACCCGAGGAAGCUACGGACUGGAGGGGGCGAGGUGGGGGAUGGUGGAAAGGACUACGCUUGGGCGGUGAUACCCACCAUUGCUGGUGGAGUAGAUCCGGACUCGGAGCUCGACUUGAUCUGUGAGUGGUCCGGUGGCCAGGGGUAUGUGGAAGUGGUCUCCAAAGAUGUCGAGGGCGUCUUGUGUGGUGUUAACAGAACCCGAGCGCCGGUCGAAAUCCGAGCCGAUUGCUGCUCUGAACUUCUCACAGCAGGGGAGCCCUUUGGGGUGACGAUGGACGAGUCGGAGAAAUUGGCAGUAAACUUCAGAUUCGGCGAGGCUGGUCGGAGUGCGUGUAGAGCAUGCAGUGCCGGUGAUAAGCUCAUAUUGCGCAUGGCUCAUAAGGACCACAAGGACUGUGUACUGGGACGCUUCUCCGCCGAAGACAGCGAGCUAGCUGGAGAGGUCGAUUGUAGCGUCUUGAAAUCUCAUAUCGGCAGUUCCUUAGCUGUGACGGGUAUAGCAUCCAACUUCGCUGCAUUGCUGAUGGUGAUUGGUGGCUUAUCUAUCAUAUGCUGGCCCGUGGCAUGGUGUGUGAGUAGAUAUAAGCGGUUACGGAGGAGGGAGGAAGGCUGGCGAAAACUCGGUGGUAACCGGGAAAUGGUGUCUUUGAGGGGAGCGGACGACGAAGGUUCUUUGGUCGAGAGCCCGGUGGAGUCUUCUCAUGGUGGAAUACCGACUGACGGUGGAGAUUCUGGGGUGCCACGUCGAGUAUUUGAGCGAGGUCCUAUGGAAUGA